AUGGACAUACAAAUCAUUGACGACAAGGGUCGGAAAAGAAAGUUAGAGGAGGAUGAUAUUCUUGUCAUCCUUGAGAUGCCUUCUGGAAGUGAAGAUGAUUUCUCAUCUGAUGACUCAGUUUCUGACCCGACUGUAAACAUAGACACAAUAGUUGACAAAAUUGAAGAGUAUUGUCUAACAGACUCUGAAUCUGACGACUGUAAUAAUGAAACUUUACAUGUCUCCAUAGUUCCAGCACCAGAAUCCUUGCCUCAUAUGCCUAAUAUGAAUGGUAAAUCUGGGUCAUCAAGGAAAAAGCUGAGAAGAGAUCAUGCGCUCACACUUUCUUCGACCGGUACGGAGACAACUGCGGACACAAUGGGUUACCUGAUGACUCUGCUCGGACUGCACCCAGAAUGGCAAGAUAAGGCACAGCGCGAGCUAGACGAUGUUUUCGGGACCGGAGGCGACUACUUGAGGCCAGUCACCACUGCAGACUUUGCCCAGCUUCCAGUGCUCGACGCCAUCGUCAAGGAGACGCUGCGGCUGUUCCCAACGGCGCCUGCCGCACCAUACCUGGUGACUGAGGACACCCCCCUGGCUGGGGGUCGGUAUGCGGCGCCGCGUCGCAGCACCGUGAUGGUCGCCUACUACCUGUUGCACCGCCAACCCCAGCUGUUUCCGGACCCGCACAAGUUCGACCCCAGUCGUUUCCUGGAGGUUGGCAGCGCGACAAACAGGAAACCUUACAGCUACGUGCCGUUUGGUGUCGGCCCUCGCAAAUGCGUGGGAGGCCGGUAUGCAACUUUGCAAAUUAAAACUGUACUGUCAACGGUGCUGCGGCGUUGUCGUAUACUGCCUGGAUCCAGCAGAAAGGAUCUACAAGAGAGUCUAUUUUCCAUAGCACUCUUUCCACUCACUGGCUAUAGAGUUACUUUUGUCCCACGAGACAACAUACCUUCGAGUUCUCCGUGA